AUGUGCCCCAAGUCCUCUAAACCAACAGGUGACCCUGUUGAUCCUGACAAGAAAGUUACUGAUGAAUCUUCUAAGCUUGGUUCCGCCACUAAACCAACUCUUAAAGUCAUUUCAGCUGAUCAAGAACUACCCGUUACUUCUGAUGUCUCUGUCAAAGCUAUCACCAUUCAUAGUGUUGGUAAGCACUACUACACUGAUUUUAUACUUGGUAACCAGAACUGGAAGCAAAAAUGCAUGAUUGUGAUCCUGGCUCCAACAUUAACUGUGUCGGUUAUGAUUGGAUUACCCGUUUUGACACCCCUGAGUGGUCAUACAAUCUUGAAUGUGGUUUCAUCAAGACCGCUGGAGGUCAUAACCUGGAUGUCGAAGCCCGAGUUCUCCUAAAGAUUUCGUGGCCUCCAGAAAAUCCCACCAUUUCUGUUGAUCAGUGGUUCUAUAUUGUUCAUGGUGAAGAUGGUAUUAUCCUUGGUACUCCUGCAUGUCAUGCACUUGGUGUGAUUGAUGAUGACUGGCCUAUUUCUACACUACUUCAGAACCUUAACCAUCCCUCAUCAGUGAAUACCCUCGACGCAUCAGAAAACAACCCUCAGAUAUGUGACAACAAACCGACCGAAGUCGACCAUCUGGUUCCAAACCCUCCCACGUGUGAUGAUGAACUUUUGUCUGAUUUGAGUUGGCAACCUACCUCUUGUCCUUCUGAAUCAUCAGUCAAAGUCACUUCUGUUAUUGCAAAUGGACAGAACAUUAACUAUUCUGAGGACACAAAUUUCACUCCUCUUCUGCAAUCUUAUAAUGAUAGUUUUGAUGACACAAUUCUCCCGGAGAUGAAAGGUGAUGCCCUCAAGAUUAAUCUCAAACCUGAUGUUCAACCCUAUGCCCAAGCGAAAGCAAGGAAAAUCCCGAUUCCCUACAUGGAUCAACUUAAGAAGCAACUUGAUGAAAUGGAACGUCUUGGUGUUAUCUCAGCCAUGAAGAACCAAGCACUUGGUGUCAUCCAAUCGUUAUUGCACCUAAGAAAGAUAGUGACGAACUGA